AUAAAUCAUACAACCCUCGUUUGUGGCAGACAAACCAUCAGGACACUGCGUGUGUUACAGUUUUGACUUUUGGUCAAAACUCUGUUGUGAAGACGAUGAAGAUUUUAAAGCAGAUGAACAGAACUGAUCUGGUGCAGAAGUUGUUGGAGACCAGCUCAAGUUUCAAAAAGAAACCCUCAGAUGAACCACGCUCUGUCCUGUUGGAGAAAGCAGCAACAAUUGCAGCUGUUAAAGAGCUGCUUUUGGAAAUCCUGCAUUCUUUAAAUGACGGGGAGCUCGAGGAAUUCAAGUUUCUGCAGUUGGCCUUUCAAGAGGACUCCAAAGACAUCCCACAUUUAUUGAGACACUCAAACGAGCGUACAGAAAUAUUGGAAGUGAUGGUGCAGACCUACGGGCGACAGUCUGUGGAUGAGACCAGAGAGAUUUUAAAGAAGUUGCACAGAUUUGAUCUCAUGCAGAUGUUUUCAGAGACUAGCUCAGAACCCAAAGUGGAUGAGCAUCAACCUCCAGUCUUUGAAAAAACGGUAAAGGAAGAUGUGGAACAUGUUCUUUCGGAAACAUUGAGUGGUUUGAAACUUGAGGAGUUUGAGAAAUUUAAGUGGGUGCUGCAGCUCACAUACUUCCAGAGGAGUUUUACACGAAUCCAGUGGCACGACAUGGAGUGGGCAGCAACUCCAGAUGAACUGGUGUAUCUGAUGGUGAGGAACCAGCAGCCUGUGGAGGUGACCAAAGAGGUUUUAUUGGACAUGAACAGGACUGAUCUAGUUGAGAGGCUGAUGGGGACAGACUCAGGACUUCAAGAGAAACAUCAGCCUAAACUGCGUCAUCAAGUGAGUAAAGUAAAAUCAGAAACACAUUAAACAACAAGGUUUCCAUUUAUUUCAUUUUAUUGUUACAUGAACAUAAUUAUUCUCAUCUUGAUAGUAAAGUGGUGGAAAAGGUUUUCAGCUGCAGAUGGUAAAGAAGGAGGACAAUAAAAGUACCAUGUUGUGAUGAUGUUACAAAAAGAACACACUUAAGAAUACUUUGUUUUUAUAGAAAUUGUUGGAGCCAAAAUGUGGGUUUAUGUUUUGCCCUUUAGUUUUCCUUUGGGUAUGUGUGUGUGUGUAAUCCCUUUACUGGACACCGUGUGGAGCCUGAGCUGAUUCUGUGCUCCAGGUGAUGGUAGCAGGUGAAUGAAUAGUUUUCAACCCUGGCAGCCUGUCAGAGGUGAGCCUGAUUUUAUUUAAUAUACCAGAUUUCUCUAUCAUUUAGCAUAUGGAUGCAGUGGGACAUCGUUUCAUCCUUAGAGCUGAGCAUGAAUCCUAAAUAUCUUCCACAUUCAUCCCUCAAGUGACUUUUUUAGACAAUAUUGGAUUGGUUAAAAUUGGUCACUCCAGUAAACUUCAAAUCUGAAAUCAU